UUUAUUUUUCAAGGUGUUGUUGAUAGUACGGUGUCUCCAGUGUUUUAUUUAAAUUGUUAGUGUUUUAAAGAAAUUAGCAUAUGCAGUAAUCGGAUACAUAGAACUCCGCGGGAACAUCCAACAAAGACUCAACAUCGUCGGCACGUACACAUAUCCAUCGUCUCAUCUUCGCAGCACGAAGGGGGAGCUGAAACACCGACGGAACACGGAAUUGAGCAAACAGCACGGAACGGGACGCGGGGGGCGUUCAUAAAGACAAAGUUUUGCGUCGUGGGUAAGCGUGGUCGCAAAAACGGGUUCCGCCGUUCCUCAGUCACUGAUGAGCGUUGUUCGAGUGCGGUACAUACUUUCGGAUACCAACGGAAACAGAAGUUUGCCAAUCAGGCGCGAAUAGUGUACGUGACUUCAAAGAAACACACCAAACAAUUCCACCUAGACCACAGCCUACUAGUUUUUAGGGUCUGGUUCAAGGGCAAGGUUUAACAAGUUAAUAGCUCGCGAGUAGUUUUCGGGUGGCCACUUUCAGCUGACUCGGGGGAGAAAUGGCGCAGCAAGUGCAGCAAGUUUUCAAGGCCGCCCUGGCCAAAACGGCGGGCCAGAGAGCGAUGUCUACCGGUGUCAUCGGCACAAUGGAAGGUCCCGCUGGAGUUGCGGCGUUGAAGAAAGCGACGGCUUCGCAUUCGUCCGGAUUGCACGUGUCGGUGCAGCGAACCUAUCCGCUAGCGGCCGUCCUUCCGCUUCCGCCGAACAUCGAUGCAACCGAAACGAGCAGGUUCUCGCCGCUCCGGUCGCGCGACAUUAACGCUUCGGCCAUGCUGACGCACCAAUCGUUGGCACCGAAUCCGGUUGAUGUUGCCGCCGUUAACGGUACGAUCGAUGUGACGGUGGAUCAGAGCCAGGGCAGGUCGGGUACGUUCGAUCCGCACGUGGAAUCGUACGACUGUACCGGCGCCGUCAGCCUCAACUCGGCCAUGCAGAGCAACGUGCCAAGCCCGUUCGGGGGCAUGCACAAGUUCACGCAUCUAAACAUGCCGGGUGGUGCGUGGGCACAGGAGAGCAAGUUUUUGUCCCACGAGCUCAACUCGUCGCACUAUACCAAUCUGCGGCAGGAGGUGCGCUCCGAUUGGGGCACCUACGAGGAUCGUCCGAUCGCGAAACCGGAAGUGGAAUAGAUAUGGUGGCUCUGUUGGAUCGCAUGGGCUGGGGAGACUCGGCGCUGGCAAGCAAAGCCGGUGCCGGUGCCGGCACAUUCGUCAUCGCUUACGCUAUCCACAAAGUUUUCGCACCGGUUAGAAUUAGCAUUA